AUGGUGAAGCCAGUUGCAACUGGAAGCAAGCUACAGCCGGUUCGACGAGUCGAGGAUAUAGACGAGCAAUGGCUGGAAAGGCUGUUCGGACACAAAGUCGUUAUAUCUGCGGUGGAGGGUGUGGGCAAGGGUGAUAUGAGCAAGACCGUCAGGGUCAAAUAUCAAUCGGAAAACAGCACGACGCCUUCAAGCUUGAUCGUCAAAUUCGCCACUGAAAACGCAAAGAGUCGCGCGAGCGCCAACCAACUCGGCGUUUAUGCCAGAGAGGUCACAUUCUAUCAGCAUUACGCGCGGCUGCUGGGCGAUGCCGUCCCUUUCUGUCACGCAGCGCUGCUCAGUGACGACGGAAAUUUUACUCUGGCUCUCGAGGACAUAAAGAGCUCUCGGGUUGGCGACGAGAUGCACGGCUGUUCCCCGGAGCAAACGAAAUUAGGCCUGCGCGCUCUAGCCCGUAUCCAAGGUCCGGCGUUGGGUAACUGGAUAUUCUGCGCUGGCUCCGAAUGGCUGAACAAACCAGUAGCCUUCGACGAUAAGCUCUAUCUCCAGACGAUUGACAAGUUCGUUAAGCAGUAUUCUCACCUUCUCAAUCCAGAGCAUCUGGAUGUUUGUCUGUGGCUGGCCAAGCAUGUCUCACGGUGGUACCACGAUCUUCGGCCACCACUCGGCGUUGUGCAUGGCGACUAUCGUCUAGACAAUAUGAUCUUCUCGGGCAACAGAUGUGCGGCUGUCGACUGGCAGACGAUAUCUUGGGGCUCGGCGAUGCGCGACGCUUCUUAUUAUAUGGCUCUUACGCUGGAAGAGGAAACGCGCCGUCAGCACGAAAGAAAAUUGUUUGAUGAUUACUUUGACCACCUUUGCCUGCACAGUCAUGCAGCCGUGAUUGACCGGGAAACCUGCUGGGACGACUUCGUCCGUCAGUCCCCGUUCGGAAUCGUCAUGAGCGUGACUUGUGGAGUGAUACUGGAAGCAUCACCUCGCGGCAAAGAGCUGGUCACAAUCGCAGCUAGCCGCUAUGCACAGCAUGUGAUUGACUUGAAUGCCAUGGCACUCAUCGAAGCGGACGGGAGGAAAGGCUUCCUACCACAAGCUGCAGACGAAUCUACACACGAGCCCGCUUCUUCCGAGUUCUGGUGUGAGAGGUGGAGUUUCCAGGCUACAAGUGGAAGUGCAGCCAAUGCUGUGUCGAUAAACCUGAGGCGAACUCCAAGCCGCUUGAAGUGGCUCUUGGGCACUGCAAUUUCCCUUGCUGGACAGGAUGUCUGCUCAAUUCAGACUGAGGUCGAAACCUCCAUCACGGGCGACUUGACUCGUUUGGAGACAAAAUCGGGAAACACAAACAUCACGGCUGAGAUCAACAUUGAACAACCUCUGGAGCUCGUUCAACUUAGACUUAAACGGACCGGUGACUCGCCUCUCGAUCUAGAUCUGUCAUGGUCUACCAAAUGGGGCGUUCCGGUCAACGCACGCGUCACACCGGGGUAUGAGAUUCCAUGCCAAGCCACUGGGACAGUUAGGUACGGUAGCCAGCGCAUAUCAUUUCAGGGCCCAGGGCGCCGAACUCACUUCUGGGGUCCAUGGAGUGACACCGCGAUGGAAUGCCUUGGAUUCUGGUGCCACCUCGAAGAUGGAUCAUACCUUGGAGGCCUCGGCCUUUUUGGCAAGUCCUCCACAUCAUCUGCCGCAGCCACUGGUUCUAUUCAGAGGGACGGCACCACCCCCACCCAGGACAUUGUUGGAAUCGAAAGAAAAUCAGGAUCCACAGCCAAUGGUUUCGAGAAGGAUAUUGUGCUCGAAAUUAGUCCGAGCCAAUUAGAGCUUGUGAUUUCCAAGCAGGAGGAGAUAGGGUCGACAGACCCCUCACUUCCGCAAGCUGGAGGACAUUCUAAACGCUAUGUGUGCAGGUUCCGAACAAACAACGGGGUCGAAGGGGUGGGAAUGAUUGAAUAUGCUGGUAGAUGA